AGAAGGAUGGUGAGACACCACAGUGAGAGAGAGAGAGAGAAAAGGACGGAACCAACUCAGAUAUGAAGUGAUGAGAGAGAUUCGAAUGAUUUAUCUUCUUGGGUAAAACUUAGGGUUCUCGUGUAAUUUUUCUUCUCCGACGGCUGUUCCCCUAGUUACUUCUUCGCAGGCGAUUAAAGCCUAAUCAUAGUGGACUCUGGAGAUAUGGUAAUGGGAGCUCAAACUCAGAAGGCCAACAAGUGGGCAGAGCUUUCAGAGGAGUUGGUUGCUAUGAUAUGUGAGAGUAUCAGUCUAUAUGUUGAUUAUAUUCGAUUUCGCAGUGUGUGUGUCUCAUGGCGGCGGAAAUCUUCACUUUCAAAAACUCACAUCAACCACCAUCACCACCCAUCCCGGCAGCGGCAGCGCCAAUUUUUCCCCUUUGUGUUGCUACAUUGUGAUCAGGAGGAGGAUGAGGAGGAUAAUAGUGAUACCAGUAAUGUUGGAUUAUUGAGCAUACCUGAGAAUAGUAAGAUUUAUCAUCCCCGUGGUCUUCUUCAAAGUAAGGAGUUUUUAAGCAUGCACUGUCUUGGAUCCUCUCAUGGUUGGCUGGUUAUGGUAGAUGAAAAUACUCCUCCCGGUUCCAUGUAUCUCAUCAAUCCUUUUACCAAGGCCCAACUCCCCCUUCCACCCACCUCCCUGUUUCUUGAUGUAGAGUACCAACCUUACAGAGUUGGUGAAGAAUGCAGACGCAUUAGAACUUUAACUCAGUUAAACCGCUCAAGGGUGAGAAAAGUUGUCUUAUCAUCAAGCCCCUCUUCUUCUUGUCAAUUUCAAUCUUCUGACGUUGUGGCCAUAGCCAUAUUUGCAAUCCCAGAUAAAUUGGUCUUCUCUAGACCUGGAGACAAGGCAUGGGCUAGUUUUGGCUCAGAUCAUCCAUUCAUUGAUAUCUUAUUCUACAGAGACCAUCUCUAUGCCUUAAGACAAUUGUGUAGCAUAAACAAUAAUGAGAGCGUGAUGAACUAUGAUAUCUUAGUCUUUCACAUGUACAUGUGUGGUAGGUAUCCUAUUCAUCCAAAGCUUGUAGAAACCCUAAAACCUCCCAAGGUAUGUCAUUCUAGAUUGGGACGACCUAAGCAUUGUAGAUGGGGAUCUCCUUAUCUGGUAGAGUCGUGUGGUGACUUGCUAAUAGUUGAGAGGGAAGAAGUAUUAAUGCCACUGCCAAAACCUAGUCUGGAUGGAAGCAAUGAUCUCAAUUGUUUUAAAACAAUUGGCUUCAAUGUCUAUAAGUUGUGUCUAGGAAACAGUAGUAGCGAUGACAACAAGAAUUCUUCAACUUGGGAGCAGACAAAGAACUUGGGCGAGAGGAUGUUGUUUUUGGGAUUGAAUUCUGCUUUUUCUCUUUCAACGUAUGAUUUCCCUCCUGGAUGCUGUAGAGGGAAUUGCAUCUAUUUCACUCAUCAUCAUUUCGGCGGUGGUGGUUUCAACUCGAACCAUGAAUGGGAUUUAGAAAUAGAUGAAUUCGACAUGGGUGUAUUCAACUUGAAAGAAGAACACAUUGAGCCAUUGAUGAUUCCAUUACAAGGACAUUCUUACAGAGGACAUCAUCCCAUGGGAACAGUUCGUCCCUCACCAAUUUGGCUUACUCCCAACCCAUAUUAAUUUUGCUUCUUUUCUUACUUGUUACUUGAGUCUCUUAAUUUAUUUGAACAUUGAUUGCAAUCUUUCUAAGUAUUUUAGUUGGAUGAUAAAUUUAUUUCUCCUACCUAGUUUAUUAAUUUGAUCUUCUUUUGCAUUUACUUUUCUAAUUUAUUCUUUAUUAUGUC